AUUUUUAUAUUAAGUUUAUAUCCCUAAAAAGGGAAAAGGAAUACACCAUCGGAGUGUUUUGGAGGUUUAGCCGGUGCCGGCAGUGAGCUUCAGCUCUCCCGUUCUCUGGCGGAAAUUUCUGAUUCUAUCUUUGGGGUCACAUAAAAGAGGCUGGUGAGUGCACUUUGAGUCGAUUCCCAUGUUUUAUUCCAUCUUUAGAACUAGUUUUCUUCAUGGGAGGCAAGCCAUGGCAUGCCCUCAAAGUUUCAAUCUUUCAAUGAUUAAAAAAUCAACUACUCUUAGAUUCUUCUCCAAGACCUCAAAUCAAAACUCGUUUACAGUUUCAUACCUCAUGAACAAAUGUGGGUUCACCCCAGAAUUUGCUUCAUUUGCUUCAAAAUAUGUUCAUUUCGAAACACCUGAAAGGCCUGAUUCUCUGUUUGCUUUCCUGGAAAAUCAUGGGUUUUCGAAAACCCAAAUCUUAAAUCUCAUCAAAAGAAGGCCAAGAUUGCUUAUUUAUGAUACUGAGAAAACCCUUUUGCCGAAAUUGGAGUUUUUUUACUCUAUAGGUUUUUCAAGGCCUGAGCUUACUAAAAUCUUGACUAGCUAUCCUGCAGUGUUGAUAUGUAGUUUAAAGAAACAAAUUAUCCCUUCGUUUAAUUUACUGAGGAACUUGUUUCAGUCUGAUGAUAAGGCUAUUAAGACUAUAAAACGAUAUGGUGCUAUUUUUGUGUAUGAGUUUGAGAGGAAUUUAAUUCCCAAUAUGAAUGUUUUGAGAGGAAUUGGAGUCCCCGAAUCGAAUAUCCUAAUGCUGCUUAACCAUCAGCCUAGACCGCUUUUGUAUGAUCAGGUUCGGCUUAAGGAGAUUGUGGAGGAAGUUAAAAGAAUGGGGUUUGAUUCUUCGACGAAGAAGUUCAUCGAUGUGGUUAUUGCUUUGAGUUCAAUGAGCAAAUCCACUCUAGAGAAAAAAUUUGAUGUAUAUAGGAGAUGGGGUUGGUCGGACCAAGAGAUUCAUGAAGCUUUUCGAAGGUAUCCUAUGUGUAUGGCAGUUUCUGAGGAUAAGAUCAUGGCCGUAAUGGAUUUUCUGGUGAACAAAAUGGGCUAUAGUUCGACUCUCGUUGCCAAACAAUCGAGUAUUUUAAGGCAGAGUUUAGAGAAGAGGAUUGUCCCCAGGGCUUUGUUUGCUCGAGAAUUGUUAUCACAAGGUUUGGUUACUGACUUUAAAUUGUCUGUAUUGUUUCACACAUCGGAGAAGGUGUUUGUUGACCGUUUCGUAAACAAAGCACCAGACCUGUUGAAGCUAUACAAAGAAAACCUCAAUGCUUCAGAAAAAAAAAGGAGUUAGUAUAGGCUGCAACAUUAGUAUUUUGUAGUAUGUGCUAACUUUCAGUUUAGGACCAAAGGAAUUACAUUGAACGUGUUUUGUUGUAGUUCGAAUUUGUCAAUGGAAUGAACAGGCAAUGUUAUUUUAGCUGUAUUCUUUUCUUCCAUUGAUGAACCUUUAAGCUCAACAUUUUGCUUGCUUUGUUGUUUAUUUGAGUGUCCUUGGUUUGAAAUGCAAUAUUGUAAUGAGUUUUGAUGAAACUUAGUGUGUUUCUUUUUUCA